AUGUUAAAUAAUGAAUUAAAUUUGUUGGUUAAGAAAGCAUACAGACACAAUUUAUUAAGUAAAUUAUUUUUAACCAUUCAGCUCCUUUGAUAUCUUAAUUAAGAAAAUAAACGAUUAUUAAUACUAGAUUUACAGAUCGUAACAAUAGAAAAAAACAAACAAUUAGAUAAGCAUCAACUAUAGAUGCAAUAUAAUAAAUAAAUUGCAUUGAUUAAUUUACAGGAAGGAGUAGUUCAAAAUUAACAAGCUCUAUUUUAAUUGUUAAAUAAGAAAGAAGAAAUACAGCAUCUCCUUCAAAAAUUAAACGUAUACUAUCCUUAUGUUAAGAUGAUAAUAUAUAAUAAUUGUCUGAUGUCUUGGGAGAAAUCAGUAGAAUAGAAUUAGAAACUGAUCUUAAAUAAAAGAGUUAAACAUUGUUAUUAAGAAAUAUCAGAAUAAAUAAACAACAAUUUAUCAAAUUUUUAGAAAGAACCUAUCCUAUAAUAAUUUGUUAAUAAAUUGCUAAGGCUUUUAAAGUACCACCUAUUAUGAGUGCUUAAGAAUAUAAAUAGUUGAUUGAUAAAUUAGAAUAUUUGGAUGUAAAAUCAUAGAUUCGACUAUGUUUUCUAAUAUAUGAUUUUAAUAAUUAAGGUUAUAUUACAACCCAUGAUUUAGUUGAAAUACUUAAAUAUAAUAAUAAUUAAGCUGUAGAAAAGGAUUUACUACAUAUGAUUAAAUCUACAAAAACAUAAAUAUCAAACUAAAUCAAUAAUGAUAUUAUUUAAAAUAAUUCUUUUAUUCUUCCAACAAGUUUACUAAGAGUAAAAUUAGAUAGAAGUGUUAUUUUAUAAUAAAGAAGAUAAUCAUUAAUAUCACAUGAUGGAAGAGGACGUUGUAUUAGUAGAUUAAGCUAAAAAAAUUCACCUGAUUUAAGUGUUGAACUUGAUUAGGAUAAUAAUUAAUAAAAUAAGAAUAUAACACCAAUUAAAAAAGUGGUAUUAAUAACUUAAAUUAAUAAAAUGGAAUAAAAUACUGAUUCUACAAAUAAUUUAAUUUAAGGUUUAUAAAAUUAUAGAUCUGAAAAUUAAAAAAAAAAGAUUAAAAUUGUUAAGGAUGAAAAUAAAAUUAGUACAGACUUGACUGGUUUUAUUAAUAUAUGGUUUCCAAAUAGACCAAAUAUAUUUUAAGACAUUAUAAAAACUUUAACUGAGAAAAAUUGA